AUGGCCACGAUCAGUAUCGCCAACUGGGCUGUAUCUCUAGAAUACACGUCUCUCCCACAAGGCGUCAUUCGUGCUGCAACACGUAGCUUCUACAACUGGGCCGGCUGUGCGUUGGGAGGAUCCAACCACCGCACGACGACAACGGCACUCGAAGCCCUCUCACCUUUCUUCGGUCCGUCGACAUCCUCCAUACUGGGACGCGCCAAUGGUGGUGGUGGUGGUAGUGGUGGUGGAGAUUCAUUACCGAAGCGUGCCGACGCUUCGCAUGCCGCCUUGAUCAAUGGCAUUGCAUCGCACGUGCACGACUACGACGACACCCACCUCGAGACCAUCAUCCACCCGACGGGACCGGUGGCGAGUGCGUUGCUCGCCCAAGCCGAAGCGCAAGGCAACGUCAGCGGCAAGGAUUUCAUCCUCGCACUCGUCGCUGGCGUCGAGGCGGAAUGCAAGGUCGGAUUGGCAGUAUGGCCAAAGCAUUAUGACAUCGGAUGGCACAUCACCAGCACGACGGGCUCGAUCGGUGCCGCCGUCGCCGUGGGCAAACUUCUCAAGCUCACACCCGAGCAGAUGGCACAUGCGAUCGGUAUCGCCGCGACGCAAGUGACGGGGCUCCGCGAGAUGUUUGGCUCGGACACAAAGUCAUUCCACGUCGGCCGCUCGGCGCAGAACGGGUUGAUGGCCGCGGUCCUCGCGUCAAACGGCUACACGAGCUCCCUCCAAGCACUGGAAGCGAAACGUGGAUGGGCCAAUGUCGUGAGCGAGACGCAGAACCUGUCCGAGCGAGUGACGACGCUGGGUUCCGUGUGGGAGAUUGAAAAGAACUCGUUCAAGCCGUUCCCGUGCGGUAUCGUGGUCCACCCGGUCAUAGACGGUUGUAUCCAGCUUCAUCAAGAGAUGACCUCGUCCGGAUGCAGACCGGGCGACAUCACCCGGGUGCACUGCAGGGUACACCCUCUCGUGCUCGAACUGACGGGGAAGAAGACACCCCGAGACGGCCUCCAGGCCAAGUUUAGCGUCUACCACGGCGGAGCCGCCGGGUUGGUGUUUGGCAGGGCAGGGCCCGCGGCUUACGAGGACGCGGUCGUGACGAGCGACGAGAUCAUCGGGGUCAGAGACAAGAUCGACGCGGUUGCAGACGAGACACUCGGGGCAGAUGAGACGGAAAUCGUGGCCGAAUUCCGAGACGGUACCAGGUUGACGAAACACGUCGUGCACGCCAUCGGCAGUCUGGAAGUUCCCAUGACCGACCAGCAGUUGGAGGCCAAGUUUAUCGAUCAAGUCAGCCAGGUGUUGGGCUCCCAGAAGGCCUCGGAGGCGAGCAAGGUCUACUCCUUGAUGGGCCGUGGUCUCUGCAUGGACUCAUUGAAUGAAGCCAGACUUUAG